AUGGUUGCUUCCAAGCCACAAACCCACUACUCACCAUUUCCUUGGAGUAGCACCUAUGACGGACCUUGCAAGGUAACCCCUUGUCCUACCUACCUACCUCCUAUGAAGGUGCCUAGCAUAGAUCACACCCAGCACUACCUUAUUUCGUGUCGCACAUAUCAUCAUUUACUCUCCCUCACAACACCCCGGAUAUUCGGAACAAAGAGAUGCUAA